UCGGCGGGAGAGGAUGCGGCUGGGGCGGCCGUGGGGCGGCGGGUGCCUGGUGCGGGCCGCGCACACGGGGCUCAGCUGGGGCAUCGCGGUGGGGCUUUUCCUGUACCCGACAGACCUGCGGCGCCAAGAGGAACGGGGCCAGUUGAUUCAGCCCUUGUUCUUCGUCUUGUUGGUUCUCUGCUCCGUCUUGCUGUACUUCAUUGUUUCUCUCAUGGAUCCCGGCUAUGUUGAGCACGAUGAGGAAGUGAAGGAAGUGGUGAGGGAAGAGGAAAAAGCAAUGAUAUCCCAGCAAGUCCCAACAACCAUUCGGCUCCGACGUUGUGGAUACUGCAUGGUGAAGCAGCCAAUGAGAGCCAAGCACUGCCAGACGUGUCAGCAGUGCGUCCGUCGCUAUGACCACCACUGCCCCUGGAUUGAGAACUGCGUGGGAGAGAGGAAUCACCCGCUCUUCAUCGUCUAUCUGGCUGUCCAGCUUGUGGUUCUGCUGUGGGCCCUUCAGGUGGCCUGGUCCGGCCUGAGCUUUGAGCUGUCGUGGACGUGGCUCCAGUACAACCUCCUCCUCCUCCUCUCCUUCCUCGUGAUUGUCCUCUUCACCGUUGUAGUGACGCUGCUGCUGGUUUCACACCUGUACCUGGUCUCGUGCAACACCACCACCUGGGAAUUCAUGUCCCGCCAUCGCAUUUCCUAUCUGAAGCAGUGCAAAGAAGAGAACCCUUUUGACCAAGGCAUCUUCCGCAAUCUCUGGCGGUUCUUCUGUGCCUGUCGCCUAGUCUCAUGGGAGAAUCUGUACUUCCAAGACGAUGGAGACACGGUGUGAAGGUGAACUGCCCUCGAGGGAGCCUACGCGCUGGGAUUUGGGCCGAAUGGUCCACAAGCUUUCCCCACCCUACUCGCUGUUCUGCAGCAAGGGUUCUUGUGGGCUGUGACACAUGGAGACAUUACAAGAGCUGGGCGCUGUUUUCAGCACAUCCCAAGGGAAUGCUAGUUUUGAACAAGAAACUCUUUUGUUGUUGACACAAAGUGCUUUUAUGUACGGGGUGGGGUGGGCAGGCCAGCUGCUGCUGAAAGAGCCAGAAGGCUGAAAACAGCUCUUUGUGGUUUCUGAAUAUAUGGGUAUUGUCCCCAAAGGGGCAAAAUCGCUGUGCAAGAAUGGAGCUAUUUCUUUCUUUCCAGCAAAGCUAAAGUCUCAGGUGAUAAUUUAAGAUGUACAACCUAGCAGUAAGAUCUGCUUUUUAUUCUUAAUUUAACUAGGAAGGGUUAAGGAGGAUGGACCGCAGGAAUUGCAGGGCUCUUUACAGAUGCUGUAUUCAGGAAUCACCAACCAACCUUGGUGUGGUCUUCAGAGCAAACCGGGAAGUCAGCAGCCUCCCGGGUGUGGGGCCAAGACAACAGUUAGAUGGGAAGUAGGAAGUUCUCUGUUGUGGAGGCUGAAAAUGGGGGAAAUGAUAAAUGUAUCCCAGUCUUCAAUCCUGGUUUGAAGGUAAGAACAAGCCACUCCCGCCAGAUUCAGGAAACACAAAAAUUAUUUCAAAGCUAAGACAUUUUUAGAAUUCCGAAUGACCUGGAGGACUUCUUGGCCUGUUCUUCAGAACAAUCCUAAGUUGUUUGUGAUGUUUGAGGACAGCCACGGUGGGCAGUGCAGUUGAGACGUUGGCUCCCUUCAGACUGUGGUAAACACAUCAUCUCCCUUAACCCCUAGCAACAGGGCUGUGCGUUACAAAUAACCAGGGUUUACCUUAACCGCUCAUCUGAAAUCCAUUGCAAACCAGGAGGUUCAAGGUCUGGUGAAACAGGCUUAAAACUGUAACUGUGGUUGAUGAUGCCGUUGAACUUGCUUGUCAAAGGAGCAAGAUUUGUUUCCUGAAAAGAAGAUGUAUGCCAGAGGCCAGAUUUGUUAACCACAGCAAACAAGGAGUUGGUGUUGGGCCUCCAGAUUUUACAUUGUGCCUUAAACCAGCAGAACUAAAUAACUCGUACUAAAGCUUAUGUAACAGAA